GUGGAUUUAUGUAUUCAUUUCCAGUAUGUAUUUCCAAAUCCUUGUUCUGAUGUCCGAAGGCUAUGGGCGGAGCCUAUUCUCGGAAAAACAUUUUCCUCAUGACAGACAACUACUUCCACCUUUCACUACAACAAUGUCUCUUGGCUCGUUCUUUUCUUUUCCAGCGUCCUCAGCGUUUUUUGACAGAAAAAAAGAUGAUGGAGUUAUCGAUAACCCAAAUGUUGAGCUGGUAAAUAGAAAUUUAUGGAGCACUUUUUUGGAAUGUGGAACCGAAAUGAUUAUCACGAAGAAAGGAAGAAGAAUGUUCCCGCUGGUGAAGCUCAAAUUAAGUGGUUUAGACAAAAACAGCAACUACACAAUAAUAAUGGAAAUGAUAUCAGUAGAUAAACUUCGUUACAAAUUUUGGAAUGGAAACUGGAUAGUUGCUGGAGUUGGAGAACAUCAUCCACUUCCGACAUGUUUUGUACAUCCACAAUCACCUAGAAGUGGUGAAUGGUGGAUGACAGAUGGAGUUGACUUCAAAAUGGCUAAACUUUCAAAUAAUCCAUUUAAUAAUGAUGGUCAUAUUGUACUCAAUUCAAUGCACCGUUAUAAUCCCCGGUUUCACAUAGUUCGAGCUGAUAGUUCGGGUCAACCAAUUCUAGCAUCUCUCAAGACAUUCUCGUUCAAGGAAACCGAGUUCAUCGCAGUGACUGCUUAUCAGAACGAUGUGGUAACGAAAUGCAAAAUCGAUAACAAUCCUUUUGCAAAAGGUUUCCGAAACAUUGAUACAGUAAGAAAACGGAAGAUGAACCAAAUUAUAAGCACUCCUCCUGCAUCCGAAGACGAAGAACCAGAAGUUAAAAGAACAAAAUCUGAAAUAGAAGCUGUUAUGUUUUCUGAUCCAAAAGUACCACAAAUGUCUCUUCAGUUGAUUUCUCAGUGGCAGGAAGCACUUUUAUCAACAAUAGUUCAAAUUCCUAUCACUAAUCAAAAAUCUUCUUCGGAGAGAAAAAGUGGAUUUGGAGUUGUUGAUUUGUUAGGAAGUUCUUGAAAUUUUGCUUUUAUUUAUUCUAUUGAUCUCAAUUCCUAUAAUUUUCUGUUUUUUUCUAAUAUUUCUGUGUAUUAACGGGUGAUAACCACUCAGAAUUUCCAAUGUUUCAAGCAAUACAUUUUUUAAUGCAAA